AUGAUUCAAGAUGAUUUAGAUUUCAUCCAAUCCUCGCCUCAGCAAAACAUUCCACAAGGCGUGUCAGUUCCUGUUCAGAAUAUUCCACCUCCACAACCAACUUUUACAGCGCCACAAGCUACAGUUCAUCAUACAGUUGGCGAAUACGCUUCAAUUUGGCAUGGAGGCUUCCCAGGCGAGCCAUCAUUAUUUGAAGAAUUAGGAAUACAUAACUCUGAUGUAAAAUCCAACCUCAUUUACAUUUUAUCACCAAACAAAGUUCCAAGAGCUAUUGAUAACAACUUUUUGAUCUCAAUUUUAUUCUUUAUAGCAUACGCUUUUCUUCUCCUUUUGACAGGAAUGCCGAGAUUCGGAACAGUUUACAUGAUUGCCGUUAUUGGCUCGAUUGUAUUAUAUUCUGCUUUUCAUUACAUGUCAUUAGCAUUUGUCCCUGAUUCAGAGUUUACAGUUAUGACACUUGUAACAGCAAUUUCAUAUUGCUUACCUCCAAUUGUCCCUGCUUUGUUUAUAUCAAGAAUAUUUAAACUCAGAAUCAUUACAGCAGCUAUAAUAUCAAUUCCAUGCGUAGGAUGGGCUUCCUAUUGCGCAGCUAGAUAUUUACUUCCAAUUCUCAAAUUACAAACUUUAGAACUUGUAAUUAUUCCAUUAUAUAUAUUCUUUUCAUAUAUGUUGUUGUUACCACUCAUGUAA